CUCUUCUGAGUUUAAACACUUCUUCAGCCCACCAAACUCCUGAGACAUGAACAUUAUUGAGCAUAUCUGGGAUGCUUACAAUGUGCUACUCAGAAGAGAGCUCCACGCCCUCGUACUCUUAUGGAUUUAUGAACAGCCCUGCAGAAUUCGUGAUGUCAGUUGCCUCCAGCACUAUUUUAUGCAUUAUUAAAGUCCAUACCACACCAUUUUGUGGCACUUCUGGAUGCUCCCAAGGGCUCUACACAAUAUUAGGAGCUGAUGAUAAGGUAAUCUUUCUAAAAGUGUUCUGUGGGAAUAAAUUUGCAUCGAAAAUAAUGAAUCAAGAGCCAAAAUUAUGCCUACAUGAUUGCAAAGUAAUUGUAAAUUUUAUACCGAAGCAAAAACAGAAGUGAACAUAUUAGCUGUUCUCUACAGUG